UUCGUCAGGUCACUAAGCCCCACCCAUUAAACACGUUUGAUAUUUGGCUGAAGGAGUCGGGCCUGUAAUUAAAGUUAUCUUUUCCCUGCGUCUCUACCACUGUGUGCAGAGUGCCGCAGAGGAAUACAUCGCCGGUGGUAGGCUGCUACGAGGUAGGAGUAUUUACGCGGAUCUAGCCUGUUGACUAGGUUGUUGCCUAGUCAUUUCGAGAAAAGGAUGCCGAUAGUCAUCGUAAAGGUUGAGGUCAAACUUUCACCAGUUGCAACUGUUACUACGAUCAAGGAGGAGGCUGAAGACAUAGCAGAUAGGGCUGGAACUGGAUGUGUUCAACUCAAGAAGGAAGAGGCAGAGGUCACUGACCUUUCUUUUGGAGACGGGGUCUGGUUCAACACGGGUGGAGAUGGGACUCAGGCCCAGCAUCACGAGCUGACCACGGACCACGGCGAGCGUUCUCAUGUCUGCACUCUGUGUGGAAAGACCUUCACCACAGCCACGUACCUGUCCAUGCACAGGAGAAUCCACACCGGAGAGAAGCCCAACCGGUGCGACCUGUGUGGGAAGAGGUUCACGGCGUCUCAGGACCUUCUCAAACACAGGAGGACACACACACUGGAGAGAAGCCCUACCGGUGCCCGCUCUGCGCCAGGAGGUUCUCGCAGUUCGGCCAGCUCCAGAGGCACCGCGCCACACACACCGGAGCGCGGCCGCACCAGUGCGCUGACUGUGGGAAGAGCUUCUCCAGGCCAGACAGCCUGGAGAGGCACAGGGGGGUGCACACGGGGGUGAGGCCAUACCACUGCACCGGCUGUGGGAAGACCUUCACCCGGUCACGGAGCCUUAGAACCCAUACCAGAUCAUGUACUACACACACAAAAGCUUAGAACACAUACCAGAUCAUGUACUACACACACAAAAGCUUAGAACCCAUCAGCCUUAGAACCCAUACCAGAUCAUGUACUACCCACAAAAGCUUAGAACACUCAAGAAACUAGCUGCAGGCCAGAAGUCUCAUACUUAAAGUGGCUCAGAUUGUCGGAGAUUGGUUCUUGUUCUUUUUCUGUUGCUUUGAGGAAAGAAUGUAUGAGAACUGUGGUGUUGGCCUGAUAUUCAUUCACUAAGAUGAAUGCUCUACAAUCUACACGAUGGGGGUCCAUAGCCUGAUGGAGACAGAAUUCACCUUCUCCGUUAAGACGUCUACAGGCAGAAGUGCAGUGUUACAGUUAUUAGUGCUCAACAGUACAGAAUUCGAAAUAAUGAUUAAAAAUACAUGUUGAAUAUACUGGAGGUCAUGUAUCAGACGACAAUAUUUGCAACGUGAACUCCAAAAGUGUCAAAAUACAAUUAUCUACAUAGUAUCAUAAUCUACUUCAAAUUCAUGUUAUCUGUAUUUGUCACAGGAUAUUUCCAUUACUGCAUCACUCAUCUUAAUGUUUCAGUGUGUAAAAACCUUUUAAAAAUAAAUGUCUUCUUUCAGUUUAA